GCAGACGACGUUGCGGUCUUCUGUCCGCAGCAGACGACGCGUUUCGCGGCCGUGGUUUGUCGCAUUUGCUGCAAAGCGGCAUUUGUGACUUUUUUUUUUUCUGUGCACGACUUAGAAGUGUGGAUUCUCUCCUCUUUUGUUGCUACUGUUCGCCUCUUUUUCGUACCUGGGAGGAAGCUUGUCCCGUGGCGCAGUUUUUUCUUCUCACCUAAAGUAGCGGUGCUAACGGCUUCAAGAUGAUGGAAGGAACGCUUUCCGAGUACGCAUUCUAUUUGCUGUUUCCGUGCUCUCUACUCGUGGGACUGCUCUGUUUGGCCAAGCACAUCAUUCGAAGGACCGAAUUCUUCCACAACGACGACUCCCUUGAAGGAAAAACCAUUGUUGUGACAGGCGGUUCCAAUGGCCUCGGUCGCACCCUGUGCCUGGAGCUUGCGCGGCGGGGAGCCCGCGUGGUUAUCGCGUGCCGCACGCGACUGCGGCGCGACUCGACGGCCUUCUUCCUGCGCGAGAAGACCGGCUCGUUCAACUUCCGAGUCAUGUACAUGGACCUGACCAACUUGGAGUCCAUCCGCGAGUUCGCCAAGGAGCUCAUCGCCUCGGAGGAGCGCCUCGACUGCAUCGUCAACAACGCCGCGAUAAUGUCUGGGCGCGACUUCACGGCCGACGGCAUCGACCUGAUGAUGGGCGUCAACUACGUGGGCCACUUCUUCCUCACCACGCUGCUGAUCGACAAGCUCCGCUCGACGCCCGGAGGCAUCGCUCGCGUCAUCAACGUGGUGUGCGGCGGCUUCCGCAACGGUCACAUGGCCGACCUGGAGGACAUGGAGGACAAGCGAGUGCGCCACGAGUACGACUACCGCACCGUCUACCGGAGCUCCAAGCUGGGACUGUACCUUUUCAACAAGGAGCUGGCCAGGAGGUACCGCCCGUUCGACGUGGCCGCUUUCUGUGUGGACCCGGGUCUGAUUGCCACCAGCCUGUACAAGAACCUUCCUGGAUUCCAGGGCCGCUUCAUGCACACCUUCGCUCGCAUUAUGUUCCGCACCACCGAAGAGGCCGUCCAGUCAGUCCUCUACGCCAUCAUUGGCCGCAAGAUCGAGUCGGACUCCGGAAAGGUGAUCAAGGACCUGCACGCGUACGACGCCCGCAGCUCAGAGUGGACCGAGGAGGCGACCCGCAGCCUGUGGGAGCGCACCGAGGAGCUGAUCCGCUCCAAGGGCAUCCCCUUCUCACUCUCCGAGGAGGCCGAAGAAGAGGACCUGGGCGGAGGCGUCGAGGCGGCCAAGAUCAACCUGGAGGCGUUCGCCCAGAGGAUGCAGCAGGGCAUCCAGCAGGUUGACGACUGACCUGGCGCUGGAGUUCACGGUGAAGACGCUGACUCAUGCGCACGAGCGUCCUUCGUUGUUAUCUCAUUUUUACCCUCUCCUUUUUCCCUUUCCCCUCAUGUGUACAGAUCGCUGUGACUCCGUGUUAUGUGCUGUCCUUAUUUGUCCUAUCUUUUUCUUUUUUCUACCCUUUACGUAUUUAUUUUUAUGUUGCGAUGUGACGUACAACGCGGAUUGCUACGCCGCCCCCUCUUGGCUCGCUACGAAGUCUAAAGGCCCGCGAUCUUCGUAAGCGUUGUUAGUAUCCCGUCACGUGACUGACCUCUUGUCCGGAGAUGCUUGCGAGGCACGAACUGACGCACACUUUGAUAGGGCGACAAAGAAAUGCAGGUUAUAGACGAUUUCACGUAAGACACAUGGGCCCAGCCAUCUUGAGCUGUUAAACGAAUGUUUUUCUUAUUUCUGUAUGUCGUGACGUGAAAUUAACGAGGUCAUCUAACGCCGAAAGCACCAACUGGACCGUUUUCAUGCGAAUGCGUGUACCGUAGCACUGUUCGUUUACUUGUUAGAUACAAAACGGCAAGGCUACAGCUUAAUAUGGCGCCACCAAAACACAUCCGUGAAAUAGUUUAUAGACGAUGUAGACGUAAACAGACUAUUUUAAGGAUGGGUUUCGGUGCCGCCAUGUUGGGCUAGCCUUGCCGUUUUGUAUCUUUAACAAGUGAACGAACAGUGCCACGGUACAUGAAUACGCAUGAAAAUGAUUUGAGUUGGUGCUUUCGACGUUAGAUGACCUUGUUAAUUUCACAUCACGACGUACAAAAAUAAGAAAAAAAAAACAUUCGUUGAACAGCCCAAGAUGGCGACGCCCAUGCUUCCAACGUAAAAUCGUGUGUAAGUCGAGCUUGAUUGGCAUGGCCUUUGACGAAGGAUCGCUAGCCGAUACGUAGUCCAUGGCGUACCAUGCUUUAGGGCUUUUAGAACGAGCAUUAGCCGGAACGUAGCCCAAUGGACGCCAGUUUUGUAUGACUCAACCAGUGUUCCACGCUCCGCCACCAAGUUUUUCAACGUUCGUGUCGUCAGAACUGCGAUAAGCAAAGUCCGUUUAGUCGACCAUCGAUGUCAGCCGCGAGAAUAGAGGCAGUCAGGGCCAGGAUAUCUUCAACGUGAAGAUUGCGCGUGGUUCGGCAUUUAGCUGUAGCCUGAUUUAAGAGCGGAGAGGGGCUUGCGAAUGUGAAUGCUCUGUGAACAAGCUACGUCACUCGGCCUCAUAGCGACAGUUUCUACCAAAAGCAAUUGGUAUUCAUAUUGCAAACGCAUGUAUAUUAUUUAUUGCGGUUGCGCAAGCAUUGCAGCUAGGCCGGAAACAACGAUUUGUAGCGAUAAGUAUUCGUGAAAGUUGGUUUAUAAGGCAUUUGAACGCUUCGGGAUCUCUAAAGAAAAUCUCGACAGGUUUCACGCGUGGAUGACCCUACUGAUGUAAGAAACAUUCUAACAGGGUUUUGCCGAACCGAAAUCUUUAUUUGCAGACGGAUUGCUUUAUCACGUCAGCAACAUAAAAGAAAACAAAAUUCAGCGCAGUUCUCCUCUAGCAUUACCAAAUGCAAUAAGCUCCUUUUUUCACCUCUGCUUUUUAAUAACUUAACGUACAUAAAUUAUUAUUCGAUCCCACAAAUAUCAAGUUCCGUUUUGACAUCGAAAGAAUAAUGUCAUAUGUUCUGUAGAUACCUCCUAUCCAGAAUGUUCUACCUGAGUGUGAUCUCGAGGAGAGUGUAAUUGUCAACGUUUCUGUUCGUGUGUUUCCAAUAUACCAUUAUAGUCUAUUCCUUUCUUUCUUUUUUUCUUGUUUGCGUUUUCAUAAACGAGUGAUAAAGUUCAGCAAACGUCCACUGUGACAAGCUGGCCACUGGCCACCUCGGUCGCUGACAACCUCGGCCACCGACAAUCUCGGCCGCUGGCUGUAUUCGCAAGUUAGGCGCAUGCUUUUUCAAAUGAAAAUUUACGCAGCUGCUGUCAUUGGCACGUCAAAAUGACUGCUGAUGAAAGAUGAAACAAACUGACACUCGGAACAAAAUAAUAUUUCUAUCGAAACUUAUUGCGACCAUAAUGAACAUUUUAUUUAAGGCCAUGGUAGAGCAGAGAUGUGUAGAUGUUCGAUGCCUUCGGGACCGGAAGAACAUACGACGAAUGAAAAUGUUGCGCAAUUCUCAAUAAAGAAAGAAACAAACAGAAGUUA